UUCCACUGAAAGCUCACAUCUAUAAAAACCGCUGAUAUAUACAUCAACACCAGAUCAUUCACUUAAAAGUUUCUAUUGUAGUGGGCCUUUAUAGAAAAUCCGGUCAGGUGUAUUUGACGGCUAAGAUCAUGGAAAAAAAAGAGCGCAGGAUAGCAGUAGCGGUGGACGAAAGCGAGGAGAGCAUGUACGCCUUGUCAUGGUGCCUUAGGAACUUCAUCACCCAAAAUAAAGAAGACACAUUCAUUCUACUCUACGCCAAACCUCCAUUUCCUGCUUUCUCUUCCUUAGAUGGAACAGCGUAUUUGUUUUCUAACAAAGUAGCAGCAGCCAUGGAGAAAUAUAGCAGGGACUUAGUUGAUUCAGUCAUGGAGAGAGCUAAAGUCAUCUACCAAGAAUUCGACAAUGUGAAAAUAGAGAAGAAAGUGGGGUGUGGAUAUGCAAAGGAUGUGAUAUGUGAAAUGGUGGAGAAUGUAGGAGCUGACAUCUUAGUCAUGGGCUCUCAUGGCUAUGGUUUUAUUAUGAGGGCUCUUCUUGGAAGUGUUAGUGACCAUUGUGCUAAGAAGGUCAAGUGUCCUGUUUUGGUCAUAAAACGCCCAAAGAACUAAGCUUGUGCGUGUUUUGAUGGUCAAUCAGAGCGAAUUGCAAUCAUUCAAUCAAUGAAGAAUAAUUGACAAAAGUGGGAUUCAAUCAACUUGAAACUCAUAGAAUUGCAAUUAGUGGUAUUGUUGUUUUCAAGAAUUUUGUUCAUAGCUUCCUCUUUAGUGAUUUGAGUGGAUUGUAAGCAUCCAAACGCACCCUUCGGAGCUUUUGAUUAUAUUCAAGGGUAACUCUGCUUCCUGUUUAUUAUUAUUAUUUUUUAAUGAAAAUUGUGGUAGACAUUGUAUA